AUGCGUUUCGAUAUUAUUUGCUUUGUUAUUGCUUGUAUUUUGUUGAGCGUUGUCAAUACACAGAACGAUACAACAUAUUACACUAUUCAAACGACAACAAAAACAGUCUCAACAAAUACUAGUAAUUCAACAGCACCAACAACAACAACAACAAUGAUGUCUACCAGCACUACUACAAACAUGACGUCAGGUGCAAAUAAUAAUGUUCAACAUCAAUCAAUUAUUAUUCCAAUUUCAAUCCUUGGUACUCUCUUUCUACCAUUUUUUAUCCAAUAUACAUAA